AAGUGAGAGCGAUGGAAACGCAUUUUAAUGCUUCGCAGAGACAGAGACAUCGAGUUUACAGGCCACAGAUGUAAAUUUUGUCAUUUUGGAUAAUUCCUUGUCCGGCCGGCUGCUCACUUUGUCAACUCCAUAAGUCUUUUUCUUCACCCUGUCUUUCAUUUUAGGCUGUUCUCCAACAAUACUUUGUUUCAUACUUAGUUUCAACUCAAAAAAUGUCAACAGAAAAAGUUUUAAUCCUUUUCUGCACAACAUUUAUUCUUAUGCUUUCAAUCAUGUACUUUUACAAAUUAAAUCAUCCUGGAAGUCUACAUAUUCAUCGGAAUGUUUAUAAAUUAAAGAAGACACUGCCUCCAGUUAUUGAUGAGAAAGCUGUUGUGGUACUAAGUGAGAAGAAUUUCAGCCAUGUUGUUGCCAAAAAUCGAUAUGUGAUGGUGGCCUUUUAUGCACCAUGGUGUCGCUGGUGCCAGCGGUUGGCUCCGGAAUAUGAAAAAGCUGCCAUGGAACUGAAGGGUGAAUUGGUGCUAGCAAAAGUUGAUGUUGAUAUGGAAACAUUCUUGGCACAGAAGUAUGAAAUUGAUAUGUUUCCAACUGUAUCUUUCUUUGUUGGUGGAGUGAAGGUGGAGAAUUAUUACCAUAAAAGGAAGAGGGAUGAUAUUGUGAGGUGGAUAAGGACUAAGGUGGAACUUGGUAUUUACACUAUAAUGACAACAAAGGAAGCAGAACAAUUACUGAUGGCAGAAUAUACAAUCGUUCUGGGACUCCUUGAAUCUUUACAGGGCUUGGAAAGCGAGGAGCUUGCAGCCGUCUCAAAUCUUCAUACUGAUGUCAUAUUCUAUCAAACUACUAGUGCUGAUGUCGCAAAGAUAUUUCAGAUUGAGCCAGAUAUCAAACGCCCUGCUCUAAUCUUGCUGGAAAGAGAGGCUCAAGAUCUUAACCACUUUAAUGGUUCCUUCACCAAAAAUGCAAUAGCUGAUUUUGUAUCUGUGAACAAGCUUCCUCCUGUCACCACCUUCUCUGAUGAAAAUGCUUUCUUGAUUCUUGAGGCCCCAAUGAAACAGUUAUGGCUUUUCGCCCUUAUACAUGAUUCCGAGGUGAGAUCAAUAUUUCAAGAGGUAGCCAAAGCUUUCAGAGGAAAGCUUCUGUUUGUGUACGUGCAAAUGGAUGGCGAAGGUGCUGGUAACAAAUUGCUCAUGAUUUUGGAAUUACAGGUCAUACUCCGACAGGACCAAGAAUGUAUCUUACUCAGGCAACUCCAAUGGCAAGAAGUAUGUACUAAAUGAUGAACCGAGUAUAAACAAUAUAAAGUCAUUUGCAGAGAAUUUCAUGGAAAAUAAGCUUCCAAGCCAGUCUUAUACAAUUCAGAAACACUUCUUACACCUCAUACCGUGACGGAAUCUUGUGAUUUGAUCCAACUUCCUGCCUUGGACUACAAAGUGGUUGAAUGAACAAAAACGAUGGUCUCCAUUAAUGAACUUUGAUGAAAUUAUUUAUAUCAAAUCAUGUAAUAACAACGAUACUUGUGAUUAGAUAAUUCAAUUAUGUCUCAAGUUCCAUAUCUAAAUUGGUAUAGCAUAUGUUCUCAUCCAUCUGAUAACCAAGAAAAUCUGAGAGC